CAAACAUCGUCACUUCCGUGAAACUAAACGUAAACAAAGAUGGUGGAUUGUGAAAAUACCACUCACACAGAAAACAAAAUGAAAAAAUUGGAAUUGUUGAAUAUAUUUCUCACCGAGAAAUUAACCACGGCUGCCAAUGAGAUAUUUGGGGCUGUGAAGGGUACUAUAGUUGAGUACCAGACAGAAAUCGUUCGCUCCAAGGAGGAGAACAAUCAUCUCCGAAAGCUGCUGGAUAUCGCUGUUCAGCGCGUUCUACUUCAAACAGACUGUCAUACUAUCCAUCUCACCGAAGAUGCAUCUUCACCUGAGCAGCAGCAUCGUGAGCAGGAGUGGAUCCCCGGUCUAAGCCAGGAGGACCCAGAGCUCACACUGAUUAAAGAGGAACAGGAGCUCAGAAACAGUCCAGAGGAAGGGCAGCUUCAAGGGCUGGAGUCUGAAACCGAAGGAGAAUCCAUAUAUACACCUUCUUUUGUGAAAAGUAACUGUGAUCAGGACCCACCUUCAUAUCUUCCCCAAACUGUGAACAACAGAGAAGGAGACUCUUUAGCCAGAACCAUAUCUAAUAAUCAUAUCAAAAUAGAGAAUGAAGGAGAAGGCUACAGCACAUCAGAACCAACCAGUGACUUACAGCACGUCUUCACUGUGAAUUCAGACUGUCUUGCAGCUCGGAGUGAAAACAGUGCCCAACCCAAUAUCAACAAUAGAAUUCAGAAAGGACUCUCUGAAUAUGAGGCCCCACAGCCACAGGCAACAUAUGAAAGAGAAAGUAUUGGUCUACACAUACAUGUUAGAGACCAGAACACCACCAAGCUGCCUCAACAGAGAUCCCCCUAUCAAGCCCAAGGCAUACAGAGAGUGUAUCCUUGCCGGGAGUGUGGGAAGUGCUUCAAUUUCUCUUGUCAGUUAGAAGUCCACAUGCGAUGGCACAGCAAGGAAAGACCAUUCAGCUGCUCUGUGUGUCGAAAAAGCUUCACCACCAUCAGCCUGUUGAGGAGACACCACCGCAUUCACACUGGAGAGAAACCCUACCGCUGUCACAUCUGUGGGAAAUGUUUCAAUCAGUCGGCUCACCUGAACACCCACUUUAAAAUUCACCCAGGGGAGAGACCACACAGCUGGAAAAUGUCUCAGUCAAAACGUUAACAGCAGAGACAUCUACACUCAGAAGGGAGAGAAACAUGUACAUCUGGGCAGUAGAACUAUUGUCCAGGAUUUAAGACACUAGAAGAACCCGUGAUUGAUGUUUGAACAAUACAUUGAGGACUGGUGCUGUUAUUCUUUUGUAAUUAUAUUAGAUGCAGAGGGUAGAAAAUCCAUCUUAUUCAACCUAACUAGAUGCAAUCAAUCAGUUAAUUAGAUCAUCCUUAUCUAUUUCCCUUUAGGACUUGGACCUGACUAGCCUAUUAGGGUCUUGCCACAGUUAUCCUUAUCCCUAAUGAUAAUAAUACAUGGGACUUUAAGGACCUUUCAGAAACCAUAAGAACACUGCACACCAAAGAAUAUGAAACAAGACAAUAAAAUGAAUAAAAGCUACUUAUCUUAGGCUAGGGCUGAGUAAGGGUGAGCUAAGCUUAGGGGAAUGCGAAACUAAACAAGUAGGCUUUGAUAUUGUUUUUGAAAAUGGCGAUGGAGUCUGAAUUGCAGGUGGCUUGGGGGGGAGACUUCCAGAGUUUGGGGGCAGCAGUGCAUUAUGCUGCUUUUUUUUUUUUUUUUUAGCAACCAGGAAAUGGCGGAGCGAUUUCUACAUAGUGCAUCUUUAACGGUUUUAAUAAAUAAUUGGUCUGUUGCAAGUCAGGAUGACUAUUUGUGCAAUCUUCUACCAUCCAGGCAGCAGCAAUAUGUGUGGGUGUAGUAUUAUGUCAAGUGUGUACUGUGGUGGAGUCUUCUGUAUAUAAGAAUCUCACGGUUACACUAUUCACGGUGCAUUAUGCUGCUUUUUUUUUUUUUUAGCAACCAGGAAAUGGCGGAGCGAUUUCUACAUAGUGCAUCUUUAACGGUUUUAAUAAAUAAUUGGUCUGUUGCAAGUCA